CCGGUGCGCGGCAUAACGAAAGUCCGCCAAGGAUAAUCUGGUGUCCAGCGUAUCCGGCCUGCGGAUUGGCGCAACCGGAAGGAGCCCAACAUAUGCAGCAAAUGUGCAGAGAUGCGAGGCAUGAAAUGUGAUGGCGCCAGGCGUAUAUAUAAAGAGUAGCUGGCCGAGCCCAGUCCCCCCGACCUUCAACUUCAUACCCCACUUCCCCUUCUGUUCCGAAACCACAAACAGCCAUGUUCUACCAGAUAGCCUUCGCUCUCGUGCUGGCAGCCACUACUACCGCGCAGGCCGCGACCGUCCCGCAAUGGCAGAAGCCCGGGCCAACCGACGUUCGCAGCCCUUGUCCCCUGCUGAACGCCAUGGCCAACCACGGCCUCCUGCCCCGAGAUGGAAAGAACAUCAAGGCCACCCAGUACAUCUCCGCGUUGACCAGUAUCAGCAUCGGCCUUGACCUCGCCAGCGCUCUAGUCGUCGGCUCGCCUGCCGUCGGGGUGCCAACACAUUUGAGCGGUCUCACAUUCACGUUCGGUCUCGACGACCUGCGCACCCACGGCGCAAUUGAGCACGAUGCAUCUCUGACUAGGAACGACGCCUACUUUGGCGACAACUACAGCUUCAAUCACACCCUUUACGAUCAGUUUAUCAGCACGCAGAAUGCAGCUGGUCGUCUCGACGUGAACUCUAUGGCCAAGAUCCGCGCCCUUCGGUUGAAGCAGAGCAAAGCUACCAACCCCGACAACAAGUUCGGAUUCAAGGAGUCCACCCUUGCGCACGGAGAAGCUUCCCUAAUCCUCAACUACUUUGGCUAUGCAAACGGCCUCGAAAUCCCCACAAAUUACCUGGACGCGGUCUUCGUUGACGAACGUUUGCCUUACAACGAAGGUUGGGUUCCUCCCACAAGCUCGGUCAACCUGUUGAAGGUCAGUGCCGUCUCGAAGCAGAUAUCGGAUGCUGAAGCCAAGCUUCCCCAGUGAAGAAGCGGCUCUUUUGGAAGUAACAUAGGUGGACUCCUUCAUAUGAUAUGAGCCCACCCUCGUUGAUAGCGCAGUAUCGCCUUUCGUUAGGGUUUGUCUUGAAUACACAUAUAGCAUAUGCGGCCCUCAAACCUUGACUUCGAGUUGCCCGGGCAGCAACUACAAAAGCCUAAAGCUUGCACAUAGUGUAUGUCUUCAAUGGCCGAUUUCGGUCAGAGUUGCCUUCUAAAAAAUCGAAUAAUUCCUUCGUCACGUG